GGGUAGCUCCAACGAUGACGAGAGCUUUUACCCUCCAAUCCAGUUGGUGGCAGUAUUGCGCCAUUGAUUGAUGUAAAUCUCCAGUCCACAUUGAAGAGUAUUCAUGAUCGAAACAUAACACAGUACAUACAACUCGACGUGCAACACAUGUUCAUCUCUGGUGAAAGACUUCAGGAUGAAACAAGAAUAUCAGGACCUUAUUCUGCAGGAGUGUGGUGCAAAGGCUCUGCGUGUUGGUGACAAAAUCCAGACGCUGUGGAGCGGCUAUGGCCAGAUUGUGAGGGUCCAUUUAGAUGGCUGUGACCGCCCCUCUGUCGUUGUCAAACAUGUCAUGUUCCCAAAGGAGGCCGAGCACCCUGGAGGCUGGAACACAGACCUGUCCCACAUGCGCAAGGUGAGGUCCUACCAAGUGGAGACGCACUGGUACCAGAACUACUCCACCAAUGAUGGCUGUCGAAUGCCAGCCUGCCUGGCUGCUUGUUCAUACGGGGACGAAAAGCUGAUCGUUCUGGAGGACCUGGAUGUGGUGGGCUUCGACCAGAGAAGAACCAGCGUUAGGGAUACAGAGAUGAGGGCCUGCCUCAGCUGGCUGGCCCACUUCCAUGGCCUCUUCCUGGGGGUGGUGCCAGAGGGACUGUGGCCCGUAGGUACCUAUUGGCACCUGGAAACACGCCCUGACGAGCUGAAUACCAUGGACGACGCCCAGCUCAAAGCAGCUGCCGGGGACAUUGACAGGAUCCUCAAUGAAUGCAGCUUCAAGACAAUCGUUCACGGAGAUGCCAAACUAGCCAACUUCUGCUUCUCUGGGAGUGGGCAGGGUGUGGCGGCAGUGGACUUUCAGUACGUGGGCGGAGGCUGUGGGAUGAAGGAUGUUGUCUACCUCCUGGAGGAAAUAGAGGAGAAACAGCUUGAAAAGAGGGUUCCUGGCCUGCUGGACUACUACUUCACAGAACUGAGGGCAUCAGUGACCAUGCAGGUGGACUUUGCUGCCCUGGAGAAAGAGUGGCGGGAGAUGUUUGCCUUUGCCUGGACAGACUUCCAUCGCUUUCUCCUGGGAUGGAUGCCAGGACACCGGAAGAUCAACAGAUACACUAAGCAGCUGACUAAAGAGGUGCUGAGGAAACUGAAACGGUGACUUAAGCCUCUGCCAUUUAGGCUCAUCAAUCACCUGCUGAUUGGACUGGAUUGUAUUGAGGGAUGUAGAUCAGAAAAACUGAUUUGCUGUGUGUUGUUGGGAGAGCAGAAGAUUGAUUUAUUAGGCCCGAAUUUGAGCCCAAUUAUUGGUAUACAAUCAAACAAUGCCCUGAAAAAGGUUUUCCUUACAAGCUAGAAUGUUUUAAAUUACAUUUAAACUUAAUUUAGCAGUUGUCUGUGCGGCUGGUUCUUCAGCUGCUCGAAAUUUGAGACAAUAUUCACUGAAAGUUUUUACCUGACUAUUUAGAGCACAGGUACUGAAGUAUACAUUUCUAUCACCCAUAUGCACAAAACCAUGUAAACACCCGUUAGUAUGCAUCACGUGUAUGUACUUUAACCGGUUUAAUAAUACUUUACUGUGGAUAUGUACAACAACAAGAAAUGGCCAGUUGACGGACCAACACUACGGACAAUCGGUAGUUCAAAUAUAAUUCUAUUCAACAUUUGACAGACGAGACAUUUAGUUUUUUUUCUAUGUAAGGGUGUAUGGCAUUGCCUACACAGUUUAAGAAAUUGCCAUGUUUCGUGACUAAGCUGCAAUUUGUUAUCUGCAGAUAAACUUAAUAAAGCACUUUUAAUUCCCA